AUGUCUAUGGAGGAUCUGAUUUUGAGACUUCGAGUUGAGGAGGAUCACAGGAAAGGUGACAAGGGUGAAGUGCCUAUUAUAGAAGCUAAAGCCAAUGUCCUUGAGACAUCAAAGCUAAAUUCCAGAAAAACAAGGGCAAGAAAGCUGCAAAGAAUUAUGCUAAUCCUUAUGCACCAAAAGGCAAGGAUUUCAAGAAAAUCAAAGGCACUUGCUGGGUAUGUGGAAAAUUAG